ACCUGUUGACACUAUCUACAAUUCUGAUCUGUCACUCUACUGAACAAAUCUUACCCCUGUUUCCUCCUCAAACCUUACAGGAACCAGAAUCACGAAUGCGCUGAGCUCCUCUUCGAACUAAAUAUACUUAUCCGUCCUUUCGUCAUGGAUUCCCCGGCUGUACCGGUCCCCCUCGAUCCACGAGAACAGCCAAUCCUCGAACGACUCCUGCGCACUCGAGACGCACUCUUAUUAUUGAAGCAAGAUAAAUCGUCUUAUAUCAAAUCUCGGGAUGUUCUUCCGCUAUACGAAGAAGUGAUCGGUCAGGUUGAGGGCUUGAAUGCUGUGCGGAAGAACCAAGAUCGUGACCGCCGAGUACCUCAUAGUAGACUUGACUAUGUACUCGACGAUUGCUUUCAACUCAUUUCCCUCCUCUUCCUCACAGUUGGCCGAAACAAUGAGGCUCCCGCGACAUACUCCCUAUCAACUACGGUUCUGCGCUUGCUCCACCAUCUCGAAGAAGCAGGAUUCUAUAGCGCCAAAGAUCUAGAAUCAAUAUCCCAGACCCUAGAUAGCAUGCGUGAAACCCUCGGACGUGGCAAAGAUACCCAUUCUCCUCAUCUUCUAGAACUUUUAGAGAGCCGAUUGGUGGAAUGUCAAAAAAUCUUUGAUAAAUUGCGCAAGGGUCUUGAGCAUCUUUCGCCCGAGCUUGUGAAAUAUCAUGAAACUUUGGUCUCGAUUUUGCGGUCUACGUCUGCCGCCAAUACUCGUUCAAAGUUCUCGUCAUCCGAAAUCCUUGACUUGCAAGAAGGAUUGAAGGAAAUUCAGAAUAGUACGAAGGAUGGCAACUUUGUUGGAUCCGAUGGGCAGAUUCUAGAGGGACAAGAGAAUGUCAAGCGUCUUUGGGAACGGUGCUGGAGAUGGACAGAGAUUGUCCUUGAACGAAAAGGUCGUAUUGACGAACGUUUCCAAGAACAGUAUGAUCGACUUUUCGAGAUUAGGAAUCAGCUAGAACGACUUUCCAUGACGCAGGCAUGGUCACUUCGCGAGACGGAUCUCUUCCAAUACCAGCGCAAGCUUGAUCGUAUCGAUGAGGCUCGCGUUAACGGCAACUUUUUGGAUGCUAAUAACCAGCCUGCUGAUCUGCAUACUCAACGAACGCUGCUUUAUUUGAUCCGCCGUAGCUAUGCUUAUAUCUAUGCACUUCUCAUUGCUUCGGAGCCAGUCUCCGAAGCCCUCUUACCAAUCUAUAACCAACUACAAACCCUACGCCGAUGUCUACUUGAAGUCAAGGACUCUGGCGGUGUCUCCAAUGCCCGCGAACUUUAUCCAUACAGCAUGAAGCUAAACUCAAUCGAUAACAUGCGCAUCGACGGAAAAUUCUACAUAGGAAACGAUAUCCCCGAAGGCCAAGGAAGCGUAAACGCUUUAUUAGCAGAAUGUUAUGAACUCGCGUACGAAUUACGAGCAGCCGUUGACGAAGAUAAAGAGGAUCGAGAAGAAUCAUAAAUCUUCUCUUUGAGUUAAUAGUUGAUAUGCCGUGGACGAAGAAGAGAAAACACAUUGUAUGAUAAUGAUAACUUUCCUUUUUUGCAUGAAGAUGUAAUCUUUCAUGGCUUCAGAUGAGAAUAAGGUUGCUCGACUGUCUAUUUUGCCUGGCUUCUCCCCAAUAACAACGAUCUCAACCGCAAGUGUAUAUCCAAGGCUAUUAGAUUGGGAUCAAA